AAUAUUGAAGAAGAUGAAAAACCAAAGGAAGAGGAAGAUGAAAAAAACAAGGGAGACAUUGAUGUAUAUAGAAUGGAAAAUGAUCCCUCUGUGAAAAAUCCAAAAUCUGAAUUUGUAGUUUCACAAACUUUACCUGCUGCUGCUGCCAGAUUAGGCUUGUUUAAUGAAGAAGGUUUGGAAAGUACUGGUGAAGAUUUUUUAAAAUUGAAAUACAGUGUUGCAAGUUAUCCUACAGAUGAUCUUAAAGAGUUACUACCUGGGGUUCUUCCAGACAUGGACUUCUCGUGUCCUAAACCAACUAAUCAAAUACAAUUUUCUACAUUCUUGUCAUCAGUUGAUAACUACUUUAAGGAAUACUCAGAUGAAGAUGUUAAAUUUAUGAAGGCAAAGAACAUUAUGCCACCAGAUCUACAAGCUGACAAAACUUACGAUCCUGAUGUGACACCAUACGUAAUUCCUAAACUGGGCCCAUUGUACUCACAUGUUUGGUUGAAAGAAGAUGAUAAUCAGAACAUUGGCGGCACCUCUCCUCCAUCACUGAGCGACCCUUCUGUGAUAUUGCCAAGAAAAAGUGGCUCAUUUAUUACAGAUGGAGCCCUAGAAACAGAAGAAGUUUCAUGUGGUCCAUUAUUAUCAAGAUUACUUUCUGCUGUGUUUAAAGGUGAAACCGAAAUGGAUGAUAUACAGCAAGAAGCUAGCAAUAAUACAGAAGUAAAUAUUAAAAUUGAAGGUAAUACAGCGGCUAGCACCCCUGGCCAAUCUAAGAUGGAUGGAUUGAUGGAAGAAAUUCCAACUGUAGAGCCACAACAAAAGGAUGAGACGCCUGGAUCAGUACUUGAUAGUGCAGUAACAGAAGAAAUGGAAGAGCUUAAGAAAUCGUUAAGUCGAGUACCGGAAGGUGUGCUUCCGAUCCAAAGUGGAUGGAAAGCGAAUGAUGUCAGUCUAGAUUAUCCUACAUUUGAAGAAAGAUUGAAAAGAGAACUUAAAUAUGUGGGUAUAUAUAUUAAUCUACCAAAAGAUGAAAAUAACCCUAAUGGAGACGAUCCGGAUUGGUUAACUGGUCGAGAAGACGAUGAAAUUAGUGCAGAAUUAAGAGAAUUACAAAAUUCUUUAAAAAUUGUAACUAAAAAGAAUGAUAAAAGGAAGCACAUAAUCGGGCCACUAUUAGAAAGAUAUUUAGCAUGGCAAGAAUAUAUGUCAAUACUUGACGACUUGGACAAACAAAUCGAUCAAGCAUACAUCAAACGUAUUAGAGUACCGAAAAAGAAGAAGAAACAUCAUCAUGGGUCAUUAUCAUCCAACGUAGGUUCCGCAUCACAAGUAGCACAACAAAAAGCUGCAAAUUCAAGCUUAAAAGCAUUAUUAGAUAAAAGACAAAGGUGGAUAAAUAAAAUAGGCCCAUUGUUCGACAAACCUGAAGGAAUGAAAAGAAUACCAAAGGAAAGUAUUUUCAGGGAUAUAGAUCAACCAGAAGAUGAAGACGAAGACGCAGACGUAUUUGGACAAACAAAUACAAAUAAAGACGAUGAAUUAACAGAAACAUAA